AUGGAUGUGCUUAGUAUUACCGUGCGCAUCAAAGAUGUGGUUAUGGAGGCCAGGUAUCUUAAAGGGAAAGACAUAUUGCCUACAAAACUCACUUUACAGCUUUGUUUGCAAACAUCUACUUUCUCAAGUACGAGAUUUUCAUCAAGAGUGAUGGCUCCCUCCUCCCGGUUUCCAAGGAAAACCAUGUCAGAGCUCUUCAAGAAUGAUGCAGUUUUGUGGCUGCCUGUUCAAGCUCUCUAUCAGUCUUCCGAAGAGGAUCACCUGGUGCGUGUCAAGGUUAGCAAUUCACUUUACAAGUCUCUUGUACAAAUCAUGACAUGUAAGGGAAAGACACUUUCAUUGGAGUCGCUGGAGAAGGAAGCUGAUCCGAUGAUCCCUUUGAAGCACAAGAUAGGAACUCUUCAUGAUGGACUCUUUUUCCUAAUACAGUCAGGCUUUAAUCAGCCAACUGAAAAUUCAUGGGAUGAGAAACCAAUCUUGAUAGAUAUUGAAGCAGUGGCCAACAGAGUAAUAUCUGUGUGUAACACAUAUCUUGCUGCCCAUCUAACUGAUGAAAACGUCAAUAAGAUGGAUUCUGAGCUUCUUAAAAUUGUUAAAAUACCUUCAGCAUUUGAUGCCAAAGCUAAAAGGGUUGUCCCUUCAAAAUCCAACAUUCCAUUUCCCCAAGGCUCCAAGGUUGAUCUUCAUUCAACACCUUUUACAACGUUUAGGAGAUCUGUGUAA